UGUGUUGCUCUUCUGAUGCAGAGAGAGAGAGAGAAAAAAAUGUGUGCAAGUGAAAAGAGAGUUUAGGAAAGUAUUUUCCCUCCCCCUUCUGCCAGUGGAAUGGUUCCUUCCCCUGUUGGAAUAAUCAUUCUUUCUCAUUCCAAGAGUUUUUUUUUUGUUGUUAGAGAGAGGAGAGAGAGAGAGAGUGAGAGAGGAAGAGAGAAAAGCAAAGAGGGAGAGAAGGAUCGAAAAUACAUUGGAGCUUUAUUUCUGUGGGAACAAAUUUCAUCAGUAACUGAGCGCAGAUCUUUUUUUUUCCCCUUUGUGCGGGAUAUGGUUUCCAGAGGACAAUAAGAAGUAGACCAGAAGACGACUUGGCCAAAAGGACUCUUGACCAUUUAACUCUUAAGGCUGGGAAAAGAGGAGGCAAAGAGAAAUGUUUUUCCUCCUCAUCUGGAUUUACUCUCUGCCAAGCACCAUUUCUCAAGCCGUCCAGCCGCAUUUCAUCCAGGAACCGGUAGACCAGACGGUGGUGGCCAAUCAGAAAGUGGUGCUGUCAUGCGUCGUAUCGAAUUAUACCGGCAUCGUACAAUGGACCAGAGAUGGACUGGCCCUCGGCCUCGGAAAGACCACAAAAAUUUGGCCCCGCUAUCAGAUCAUCGGGAACUCAGACUCUGGACAGUACAACUUGGAAAUAACCAACGCCACCAUCGAGGACGAUGCCGACUUUGACUGUCAGGCCACGGAAGCCGCCCUCCGCUCCAAGCGUGCCCACCUAACGGUGUUAAUUCCCCCAGAAGAUCCAGUUAUCGAUGGUGGACCUGAAAUCCUGCUAAGGGCCGGGACACCCACCAAUCUAACAUGUCGGGCUCGAAGUGCUAAACCUGCAGCCUCCAUUGUGUGGUUUCGAGAUGGAAACCAGCAGGAAGGAGCUGUCACCAGCACGGAAGUUCUAGCAGAUGGGAAAAGGGAAACUACAGUAAGCUUCCUUUUAAUUGUCCCGACGGAUCAGGACAUCGGCCGGGUUUACACAUGUAGGACAUCCAACGAAGCCAUUCCAUCUGGCAAAGAGACGUCCGUCAGAUUAAAUGUCCACCAUCCCCCCACUGUCACACUGUCCAUUCACCCCCAAACCGUGCUAGAGGGGGAAAGGGUUAAAUUCACAUGCAGUGCCACUGCUAACCCAGCAAUUAAAGGCUACAGGUGGGCUAAAGGAGGUGUGAUUAUUGAAUCGGAGAAGGACAGCACGUUUGAGACCCAAGUGGAUUUUUCCUAUUUCACUGAACCUGUAUCGUGUGAAGUGCACAAUGAAGUGGGGAGCACCAACGUCAGCACUCUUGUAGACGUACAUUUCGCCCCUCGUGUUGUAGCUGAACCAAAGCCAACAACCACUGACAUGGGAUCUGAUGUAACGCUGACUUGUAUCUGGGCUGGAAAUCCACCACUCACCCUGACCUGGACCAAGAAAGGAUCUAACAUGGUAUUAAGCAACAGUAACCAGCUGUUCCUCAAGUCGGUGAGCCAGGAAGACGCCGGCCAGUAUGUAUGCAAGGCCAUAGUCCCUCGUAUUGGCGUCGGAGAGAGAGAGGUGACCUUAUAUGUCAAUGGUCCCCCGAAGAUUGCGAGUGAAGAAAUACAGUAUGCGAUUCGUGGCGAUAUCGGAAAAGUGGAGUGUUUCAUUGGUAGCACCCCUCCGCCAGACCGCAUUGCUUGGGCCUGGAAAGAUAACAUUUUAGAAACGGGAACCAUAGAGAAAUACACGGUGGAACGGACAGACACCGGCAAUGGUGUCCUGUCCACCUUAACCAUCAACAACGUGGUGGAGGCGGAUUUUCAGACACGGUAUAACUGCACGGCGUGGAACAGUUUCGGUCCCGGAACGGCCAUCAUACAACUCGUAGAGAAAGAAGUCGUACCCGUAGGAAUCAUAGCCGGAGCAACGAUUGGAGCAGGGAUUCUGGUCAUCAUCUUCUUUGUCUUCUUCGUCUUCUUCCUGUACAGACGUCGUAAAGGCAGCCGUAAAGAUGUCACCCUGAGGAAACUUGAUAUCAAAGUGGAAACUGUGAACAGAGAGCCACUGACUCUACACACGGAUAGAGAGGAGGACACAUCCAGCGUGUCUACAGCAACGCGGGUCAUGAAGGCUAUCUAUUCGUCCUUUAAGGAUGAUGUGGACCUGAAGCAAGACCUACGUUGUGAUACAAUCGACAGGGAAGAAUACGAACUGAAGGACCCAACAAACGGUUAUUACAACGUCCGCGCUCACGACGACAGGCCAAAUUCCCGGACUGUGAUGUACGGCGAUUACCGUACUACUGGUCCAACUCGUUUUGACGGCCGUCCAUCCUCACGCCUCUCGCAUUCCAGCGGUUAUGCCCAACUAAAUACAUAUAGCAGGGCUCCGGUGUCGGACUAUAGUACAGACCAAGCUCCCACAGUGACUUCUGCGACAACAGAUACCACCAGCCAACUGUCUUACGAUAACUACGAAAAGUUUGGGACGCACGGGUUCCCACCCAACUCUGGAUAUCCCACUUUUCGUCUUGGUUACACCCAACCAACCACUACCGGCAUGGAUCGGGGACCAUAUGAUACGUACGACCCAGUAGGGAAAUACACGGGAGCCACGCGCUUUUCUUAUGCUUCCCAACAUUCUGAUUACGGGCAAAGAUUUCAGCAGAGGAUGCAGACGCAUGUCUGAGGACGGAUUCCAAGACUGGCUUGAAAAAUGGGAGAGGGGGACAGGGAGCAGGACAACCCUUUUGUGUGGAAAUUCCUCUCUGGAAUGAUACCAGUUGAGAGGAGACUCCAGAAGAUGUGACCUCUCAGAAAAUGUCUCCUGAUACUCAGGGACCCAAUGUCUUGACCUCUAAUGUCAUGAAGACACCAGUGGAGGUUGCCCAACCAGGCUGAGCCUUGAGGCUUUGAUACAAAAAAAAAAAAAAGAAAUCAAACAGAAGGCUGGCCUUUUAGCACCUGAUCAUUCCUUGAAUACCACUGAUUUUGCCGUCCGGAGGCAUGGCAAGCAGUAUAACCACGAGCCAAUUCUGUAUCGGUACCAGUGAAGUUUAUCAUCCUACCAAUGCUUUUGAUGAUCCCCUGCAGCUGCCCUCCGUCGGGGCACAUUCC